UCAAGCUGAAAAUUUUAUUACUAAAUUAAAUAUUCUUCGUAUUACUGAACAACAAGAAAUAGGUUUUACAUUUGUUGAAUCAGAAUUUAUUCAAGCUAUACGCGAAGGUUGGUGGAUUCUUUUAGAUAAUGUUAAUUGUGCACCAUUGGAUGUACUCGAACGACUUAAUUCUCUUACUGAAGAUAAUCCAAUGUUAUCAUUAUAUGAAAAUUCAAAAGGAGAAAUACUUAGAGAAAAUCAAGGUAUACAUUCUAAUUUUCGUUUAUUUACAACAGCUAAUCUUAAUCGUAUAUAUUCAAAUAAACUUUCAUCAGCUUUUCUUAAUCGUGUUAUACGUAUUUGUUUACCACAAAUUGAUGAUUUUGAUAUUAAAACAGAUAAUGAUCCAACAACAAGUGAUUUAUAUGAAUUACUUUCAACACAAUUAACAACAAUUCCAGCUGGAACACAACUUGCUCAUUUACUUAUGUUAACACAUCUUAAUGUUAAACAAGAUGUUAAAGAUAAUGUUUUAAUAUAUCCAAGUGAUUUUUCUAUUACAUAUCGUCUUUUAGAACAAUGUAUUCAUACAAUAUUCUAUCUUAUUAGUCGUAAAGUAAAACCAGUUGAUGCAUGUUAUUGGUCAUUAAUACGUUGUUAUUGUUCAUCAUUACAAAAUCAUCAACAAUAUAAAUCAUUUAUUACUAAAUUACAACAAACAAUAGAUAAACUUAAUUUACGUUCAUCAUCAAUAGUUUAUUCAACAGCAUUGGAUGAACUCGAUCGUAAACAAGCUUUAUGGAUUCAAGAAUCACAACGUAUUCGUUCGAAAUUUAUUUCAUUUGAACGUUAUCUAGUUGAAUUAAUAUUUAAUAUGAUUAAAAUAUUAACAUAUGAUAAUAAAUUUCCUAAAUUAACAUGUACUCUAUUUAUAUUAUUUAUUGAUAAUAUUUUAUUAUUAAUGUCAUCAUCUGAUCCAAAACUUAUUCAAUUAAAACAAACAUUAACAAAUAAUGAUAAUUUACAAAUAGAUUUAGACAAAGAAUUAACUGAUUUAAUGCAACAGAACAAUAUAUCGAUUCAUAUUGAUUUUAAACAAACAACAAAUAAAGGAAAAUUAAUACAAAGACUUAUAUCUGAUAGUUCACUUUGGUUAUGUUCUACAUGUGAAGAAAUAAGUACAUUACUUGAAUUAUUUAUACGUAAUACAUCGUUUAUUGAUACACAUGAACGUCUUGAAUUUCUUCAACGAGCAAUAUCAAUUAUUGAUAUAUUUCAUCAAUUUUUUAGUUCAUCAAUUUUUGCAUUAUUUGAUCGAACAACUGAAUUAACACGUUUAUGUUCAAGUGUUAUACAAUAUCUACGACCAUUACUUGCAUUUAAAGAUAAAUGUUCCGCAUACGCACUUUUUCAUGAUCCAGCAUUUAUUGAUGCAAAAUAUCAAUUUCGUGUACAUUUAUUUGAAAAUUUUGAUAGUAGUCUUGUUUGGUCAUUUGAACGUGCACAAUCAUUUCCAAUACGAUCAACACGAAAAGAUCUACGUAAACUUAUUGAACAUAUGGUUAAUACAAAAGUACAUGCAAAUAUGAUGAAACCAAUUCAAUAUUUUGCUACACUUCUCGAAUGGAUUAGUUUACAAUGGACAUUUGAUGAUUAUCUUACAAUAAGUGUACGAAAUGCUUUACAGAAAAAUGUUUGUAUAACACGAGAUUUUAUUCUUGAAUCUGAAUUAAAAUUUUCUGCAUUGGAAUUAAGUAAUAAAAUGACAACAAUAAUUGGAUCUAUUGUACGUGAUUUACCCUCAGAAUCAAGUUCGAUUAAUACAAAUUAUUCUCGUUUAAAAAAAGAACUUGAAUUAAAACGAGCAGCAUUAGAUAAAUGUAAAGAAAAUAUUCAAGAACUUGAAAGUCAAUUGGCUGAAUCAGAAUCAUCAAAACAAAAUGAAAUAAAUGUAACUAAUCGAGGAACGUCAAAUUUACGUUCAAAAUUAUCACGUGAUAUAUCUAUUUUUCAUCCAGAUGAAAAUCCACUUAGUAGUCGAUUGAAUAUACUUAAACAAGAACAAAUUAAAUUAAAAUCAGAAGUAGAUACAUUAAAUAAUGAUUAUAAUCGAUCUAGUCAUAAUCGUACAGCAGCAUUAGAUAAAGCAAUAACUGCACGUGAAAAACUCUAUGAUGAAAUGAAAAAUUUACUUGAAUCCGAUGCAUAUAAAUUUGUUCAUGAACAACUUGAGCAAUCUGAUGCUAAACAACUCAAUCAUUUUUUACGAUUAUUAAGUGAAGCUCGAAAAAAUCCAACAUUAAUUAAUCGUGACGGUCUACUUGAUACUCGUGCUAUAUUAGCUACAUCAUUUGGUCGUGAAUUAAUUGAACAUGAUGAUAUUCUUGAAUCAUCUUUAAUAUUUUUUCUUUUUGGUUAUUAUUUUCUUCCUUAUUUUGAUCAACGAUAUCGAUUUUUUAUUAUUUCAAAUUGGCAACAAAUUAAUGAUGAUAUUGAUAUAAAUACAUUAAAUCUUUAUGAUUUAAUUAUUUAUUGUCCAAAUAAAAAUCCAUAUCAAUGUUGUUUAUUAUCAAUAACAAAACAAAAUAAUGUAAUAUCAAUUAUUAUAUCAAGUAUACAAUAUAUAUAUAUUAAUGAAUUACGUAAUGUAUUAAAUGAAUCAUUACCUGAUGGAAUUCAAUGUCAUAUUAAACAAAAAGAAUUUGAACAUAUUAAAAAAACUAUAACAGAAAAUGGACAAGAAUUAUUUGGUUUAGCUUGUUUAAUGUAUUUAUAUCAACAAGAUGAUAUAACAUCGACAAGAAUUAAUGAAAUUUAUGAUCAAAUUAAAAUUAUUUUUGGUGAAUUAAAAUAUUUUGUUGAACAUAAUGCUAUUGAACGUAAAACAUCAACAGUAUUAAUCUAUCAAAAUAUAAAACGAUUUCAAAAUGAUUUAGAUUCAUUUAAUCUAUCUAAUAAUUCUGAUGAUUUAUGGGUAACAUCAAUACAACAAAUGUGGACAUUAAUUAAACCAUAUCAAGAAAAAUUUUCAUCAACUGUUGCACAAAAACUUCAAGAAGAAUUACAAUAUUCUAUACAAUCAAUUGAACCACCUAAUCUAAGUAGUCGUUUAACAUCAUUAGGUUAUUUAGAACCAUUAAAAGAAAAAUAUGGUUGUGUACAUAUGAUUAUUCAACAUUUAAAAGAAGGUAUGAAUUCAACAGCUAUUGAAAGUAUUCCUGAAUUUCAUAUUUUAUUUAAUUUUGUUAAUAAAAUAUUAAAAUUAUUAAAAUUACUUAUUCAACAUACAAUAUUUGGUAAAGAUGAUUAUAUUAAUGAAUUAUAUGAAAAUACACCAUUUACAAUUCAUCAUUUAGAACAUAUUUUUCAUUCAACAUUAUUUGUUAUUAAUAUUGUUAAUAAUCAAUUACAAAUUGGUGUAACACAAACAAAAUCUAUAUUUGAUGAUUUACAAAUAAAACUUGAUGAAUAUUUAUUAAAAUUAAAAUUUAGUAAUAAUCUUUUAAUAAGAUAUAAUCUUACAAAUUUAAUUCGACCACUAGCUACAUUAUUCGAUCCAAAUCGACGUUCAACUACAAUAAUUAAUACAUUAAAUGAUAUAUCAAAUGAAAAUUCAUCUAUUAUGAGAGAUCCACUUGAAUUACGUAGAAAACAAAUGCAAUCACAAAUUGAUGAAACAAUAAAGAGAUUAAAUGAGAAUUUAAUAAUUGCUAGUCAAUUACCUAUACAACCACAACCAAUUAUUCAACGUAUUCAUACAGCUUUACAUAAAUUAAAAAUAUUCGAUAUAAAUCAAGAUGAUGAAAAGAAUUUUAAAUGGCUUAUACAUGAAGAACGAACAUUAGCUGAUCUUCUACAAAAAUUUAAUCAAGAAAUAAAUCAAUAUACAACAUUUAAUGUUACUUUACCUGAUGAUGAAUCUAUUCAUGAAAUUAAUGAAACUGAACUUAGUUUCAAUAUUAACAAUGUUCAUAUAUUAAAUUAUGAAAAUGAAUUAAAAUUUUUACAAGAAAAUAUUAAAAAUAGUAGUCAAGGUAAUCAAUUCAAUGAAUUAAGUAAUGUUAUUCGUUUAACAAAUGCACAUGUAUCAAGUCAAACAUGGUUACGGGCUGCAUGUCUUUUAAAAUCAGAUAAUAAAGAUGAACUUCGAGAUAUAUUAAUGAAAUUAAAUAAUGAUUUAGUUAUGCAACUUGAACGUGGUUUAAAUAAUGAAGAAAAUAAAAAUACAUUUAUUGAUAAUUUUGCAUUUGCUUAUGCACAAUUUCGUUCUGAUCUACUUAAUGUCGAAACUAAACAAGGUAUGCUUUCAAAUUAUAUUGAUAUUGCUAAACUUGUUAAUAGUAUUCAACAAUGGACAAAAAAAACAAAUCUUAAUAUAUUUAAUAUGUUUGAUAAUAUUAAAAAAAUUAGUGAUGAUUUAAAUCUUGCAGAAAAUCGUAUGCAAAAUUUUACAACGAAUGUUAGUUGUAGUUUAUUACCAAUUGAUAUUCGACCUGAAGAUCUUAUUUGUUUAUUUAUACCUGAAUAUACAUCUAUUAUGCUUGUUAUUUGUGAAAAAUUCAAUCAAAUUAAUGAAUUUCUUAGUGGACGUAUUAAUAAAAUUGAACCAUUACAAUUACCAUCAUUUGUAUCAUCUAAUGGAGCAACAAAUGGUUUAUCAAGUUUUAUAUAUCGUGAUCAAUCAACAUCAACACCAUUAUUUGAUAGACAAAAACAUAUUCUCGAAAUACGUGGUAGUUCAACUAAAUUUAUUCAACAAUUAAUAGCUUUAUUUAUGGAACCAAAAAUUCAAACAGAUGGAUUAAUGAAUGUAUCAACAAGUGUUAAAGAAUUAUUUCCUAUUCAAAUAGCACUUUCAUUUGCAUUAUUAAUUUUAACCGAUUGGAUUGCAUUGAAAUUAGAUGAUUUUAAUGAACAUAUACAUUUACUUACGAUGACAACAUUAAAAGAAAAAGAUGCUGAAUUACAAAAAAUGAAAACAAAUAUUUAUUAUCUUGAACAAGAUCUUAAUAAUGAUAAACAAAAUUUAGAAAAAAUUUCUAAAGAUUAUGAAAAUGCUGAAAUUGAUCUUGAAUGUAAUAAAAGAGAAACAUAUUCUGUUCGUGAUCGUUUACAACAAUUAGUAGAUAAAUGUCUUAGAGAUAAAACAAAUAUUGAAAUACAAAUUCAAAUGAAAGAAGAAAAAAUUUCUAAUGAUCAACAUCUUCUCAAUGAUGAAUUGAUAAUAUAUAAAAAUAGACUUAAACAAGAACAAGAUCAAUGGCUUUUUGAAACAGUUAACUAUUUGAAAGGUAUAUCAGAAAAAAUAAUUACAAAUAUUACUGAUAUAAUCAAUAAACCUAUGCCAAAUAAUACAUCUAAAACUGAUAUUACUUCACUAUUGAAUAAUAUUGUUGAUUUUUGUCGACAAAAUUUACUUGAACCAACAAAAACGAAUCUUGAUACUAAUAAAAUUCAACAAAUGAAAAAUUCUAUUACUUCUGAAUUAGAUAAUAUAAAAACACAUGUUAAAGAUAAAAUAGUUGAUAAUGAUCCAAUGUAUUCAUUUAUUUUCUUCUAUUGUGAUUUAAUAUGUAUGAGUCUUGAUUCACUUGUUCAUUCAACAUUAAGUUGGAAUAAAUAUAUUGAUAUAUUAAAAACAACACAAAUGAUUGAAUAUGCACAAAAUAAGAAAAAAAUUAUUUUAUGUAAUUUAAAUCGUUGUACAAAUGAUGAAUGUAAAAUAUUUCUUGAUCAAGUUCGUAGUGGUGAAGAACAAACAAAAGUAUUAAAACAUGCAUAUGAAAUUAGUCGUCAAGUUCAUACUGAAGUAACAAAAUUAGAUAUGGCAUUUACUGGUCAACAUAGUAAACAUAUACAAUAUUUAAUUCGUGAAUUUAAACGAUUCGUUGGUAAUUUACUUUAUGCUGGAUGUCUUUAUUCACAAUUACAAUAUGGUAUUCGAGAACCAUUUAGUGAAUAUCUUGUUGGUAUUGAAAAUGAUAUAAUUGAUUCACGUUUACCAAGAAGUGAAUCUGAUUUACUCAAAUUAUUAGAAACAUGUGAAUUACAAUUGAAAAGUCAUAGUGAUGCACUUAUUUAUCAAACAUUACAUAUUGCAUUUACAUUUAGUUCAAAUUCAUUUAGUCUAUUCGAUGAAAUUAAUCGAUCUGUAAAAGAAUUAAUUCAACUUGUUUUACCAUCUGCUCAUUUAAUUAGUCGUUCAUGGUUAACAAUUGAUACAUUAAUUCAUAAAAUAUGUCAAAAUGUAACUAUUGAAGAAGUUGAAAUAUUAAAACAAAUAUGUAAAGAUUUUUCAAAAUUUACUAAUGAAACAUGUGAAAUCAAUAAUCAAAGUGAUUUCAUUAAUAAACAACUCGAAUCAGAUUUAUUUAAAAUAAUAUGGAAACAUAUUGAACAACUUGUAGAAAUUCUUGUUAAAAAUCGACCAAAAAUGAAAAUUUUCAAUGAAAAUCUUCUUAAUCGAUGGCAUAGAACAAUGAAAGAAAUUUUUCGUGGAUUUAUUCAAGCACGUAAAUUUAAUAUUCAACGUCAACUUGAAUGGAAUCAACGAAAUGUUAAACAAAUUAGUACUUUAUUAAAUAUUGAAGACGCAACAUCAAAUACAAAAACAAAUUCUAUCUAUCGAUUAGCUGAUAUUGAACGAGCACUUCAACAAAAAACUCGUCUUCUUACAGAUAUCGAUACUGAUCAUCGAUCGUCUCGUUUAAAUCGAUUACAACAUCUUGAAAUUUUCUAUCAAUUAACUAUCGGUGGAAUUGAUAAUUUAGAAGCAAUACUAAUGAAUAUGCCUAUUCAUCAUAUUGAUUUAUUAUCCUUCUUUAAAUUAUUAAAUUCAACACGUGAAUUAUACAAAGGUAGUGAAAUAAAUCUUCUUGAACAACCUCUAAUUCAUUUUAUUAAUGAUGAUUUAAUAUUUAAAAAUUCUUUUCAAUUACUCGAUGGAAUUUAUCGAUUAGAACAAAAUGUGUUUCAAGAUUUGUAUGAAGCUGCUAAAAUAGAAAUGGAAAAUCGUUUCAAUGAAUUUCAAGAUUCUAUUAAAUUUGAAUCAAUUUUCAAUAUAGUUAAAUUAGAAAACAAUGAAUGGAAUAAAGCCGGCGAGAAUUUUAUUUGUUUACGUAAAGACAAACGAAAAAAAAUAUCAUGGAAAGAUAUAAAAGGUCGUAUUCAAUCCAAUAAGACUCUACAAACAUUUGUUUCACAUUUACCAUUUGUUUCUACUUCUCCUUCUCAUAUUGAUAUCAAUAUAUUAUUUCAAUUUUAUGCCAAUGAAAUAUUAUUGUAUAUGGCAUAUCAUCAGAAGGGUAAUGACUUUGCCUUCUCGUUGGCACCUCAAGAAGAAGUGAAAGAUUUUAUUAACCUGUAUAGUCGUUAUAAAAAUUCGUUUAAACUAAGUCCAAUAGAUCAAACGUUUUCUCUAGUAUCUGGAAAUAUUUCAUGGCUUCUAAUUAAAUGUUCGAAUAUUUAUUUAACUAGAAUCGAUUUACAGCUGUUGGUUGAAGAUGAUCAACAACCGGAAGAUAAUAUUCCCUCUAAUCAACGACCACCCGAUACUUCCAACAAUACUAAUACUUCAAAGCCUGUCAACGUAAAACAAAAGAAGAUUAAGUACAAUAUUGUCUCUGAAAUACCAGUUUUUCUAACAUCCAAAGAGACUGCAGUUAAAAUAUUAAUUUCACUACCUAGAAUUGAUGUCAUCAAUAUUAAGAUAGAUAAUAAACAAGUAUUCCAAAUGGAAUGGUGGAAAUUUGCCGUCUCUCAACGCGAACAUAACAUUAAUCAAUAUUUGAAUAUUAAAUAUUUUCAAAGUAAUAAGGAAUUCUAUGUAACUAAAUUGACUUUAAAUACUCAAUCAACGACUACUACUGUUCCACUUUCGAAUCAAAUCAAACAAAAUUUAAUUGAUUUAGAAGAACAAAUUAUUAAUCAAUUGAAUGAAAAGAGUGAUGAUGAAGCAUGGAAAACAUUGAUUGCCAAUAAUACAAUGCAGAAAUUUAAUAAUAACAUGAAUCAAAUUGUACAAUUGAGUCGAUGUUUACGUUUAACUUCGAAUGAUUUAUUAAAUUCAAUAAAUAUUUAUAAUCUAUUCAAUAAAUUACCUAAACCAGAAAUACAAAAUAAUUUGUUAGAUUUGAUACCAUUCAAAGAUUUUUUAGCAGUGGCACAAAAUAUUUAUAUUGUAGAUGACUUUGAACCAGCUUUAGAACACGAAUUUAGUCGUGUAUGGACUCGAUCAAUGGAUCGUUCUUUUCAAUCGAUUAUUAAAUGUCGUGAUCAAGUCUAUUCAGAUAUAUAUUUGUACGUUGAUCAUUUACGUUUAAAUAAAUGUCAACUCUUUCUAUUAUAUGCUUGUGCUAAUACAUUAUCAAAUAAUAUGACUAGUAGUAUACAAUCAGAUUUUAAUACAAUGUUAGCAGAAUGUACUAAAUUUUGUGAACUUAAAUAUUUGGAUAGACCAGAAUAUAUACAACAUCUUGAAGAAUGUCAACGUCUCAUAUAUGAAGCACAACGAAUUUAUCGUACAAUGAAACGUUCAUCGAAUAAUUGGAUAGAAAUAAAUGAUCUUUUUGAUUUAUCAUCGUUUAAAAUUGAAAUCAAUCUUAGUAAUGCUUUUCUUUAUUCACAAAUGAGUCGUGAUACUCAUAUAUGGUUAGUUGAAAAUAUUGGAUCGGAUGCAACACCAACAAUAAUGACAUGUCAUCCAAAACCGGCUAUACUUGAUUUUGGUGUUGCACUUCCUGGUAUUCAUCAACGAAUGACUCAACGAAUAUAUAUUCAUAAUGAAGUUGAUCGUGAUUUAAAAAUAAAAAUCGAUCGAAGUACUAAACCAACGGAUACACCAUUUGAUGUUACAACUGAUAAUCUACAAUUAACACCGGGUGAUAUUUGUGAAUUAGAAGUUAUUUUAAGACCACCGACAAAUAUUUGUAGUUUGAAAGAAAAUUGGGAUCUUAUUGUUGAUGAUCAAAUUAAACUUUCGAAUACACUUCAAGCACAAGCAGAAAUUGUUGAAAUCGAUCUUAAAAUAUCAACAGAGACAAUUGAUUUUGGUUUAGUAUCUUGUAAUAGUCAUCGAAUAGUAGAAAAUAUUCAAUUGGAAAAUAUUCUUCCAUAUCCAGUUCGUGUUAAAGCACAAUUAAAACUACCAGAAACUAAUCAAUAUAAUUCAAUUCUAACAAUGGUUAAUAAUGAACUAAAUAUACCAGCUAAAUCUAAAAUAUCUUUUGGUAUAGCAUUGGAAGCAUCGAAAAAUAUCGAAGAAGACAUUGAAGCAGAUGUUUUUCUAGCAGUAGAUUCACCUAAAAAUAUUAAAGCAAUUAGAAUUAAUGCUAAAAUUCGACAAAUUUUACUAGAAAUUCAUUAUCAAGGUCGAUCGAUUAAUAAAAAUCAAUCUCAAUAUAUUUUGACUAUGAAUAAUUUCUAUAGAGGUGAACGACGAAUUUUACCUAUUGAAUUUUUUAACAAUGGACCUAUUGAAUAUACACUUCGUCUAAAUUCACAAUCAUUAAAAUUAUCCAAAAAUGAAGUACAAUUACCAGUUGAUAAAAAGGAAAAUAUCAAUAUAGAAAUUUAUAUGCCUAACGAUCGUAUUUCACAUACAUUUAUUCUUGAGAUUGGAUUUCUCAAUAACAAACAUCAAUAUUAUUUUAUGUUACCAUGUGAAAUAGCUGAGCCUAAAAUGACAUAUACAACUUCUAAUCCACAAAAUAAGCAUAUAAUACAUAUUAUUCAAAAAGGUCAAAUGGAACUUAUUCAAGAUAAAAAUCUGGGUACUGUACAACCCAUUAGUCAAGAAGUAAAAUUUAAAAAUACAAGUAAAGCAACAGUAACUUUUCAUUUCUUACAAACUAUCACUGCACAAGAUCCACCAUUGCCAUUAUCAUCACAUUUUAAAAUUGAACCCGACAAUGUUAUUAUACAACCAAAUGGAAAUAUAUCCGUACAAUUUAUUUAUUAUCCAAUUGAUUUACGACCAUUCAAUGUUAACGUUCAACUUCAAUCAAAUACUUCACCUCAUCCUAUUAAUAUUCCCUAUAGUGUAGAAUAUCAUACGCCUAUUUUACGAACAACACCACAUAGUGUUAUCGAUAUUGGAUUAAUUAAAUCAGGUACUAUUUCGAAAAAAGAAUUCUUAAAAAUUAAUAAUAUCGGCAAAAAAGACCUACGUUUUGAAAUCUAUGGAUUAAAUUAUCAAGAGAAAUUCGUACAAGCAAUUGAUAUACAAAAAACAGGAUCGAAAUCGAAUUCACAAGAUUCCAAUCCAACGAUUAAAAUUUCUCAAGGUGGAUUUACUUCACUUGAUAUCAAUAUUCAAUGUGAUCAAGUUAAUUUACCAUCUGAAUAUGAUAUGACUAGACUAUUCGAAUUUGAAUUAGUAAGUCUAUGUGAUCCUGUUAUUGAUGUUGAUAGUAAACUUGAUAAUCGUCGAGUGAAAAUUAUCAUUAUCGGACAUAUGAAACCAUUACCAGCAUUUAUUCCAACUCCAGAAGAAAAUCCUAAAGAAUGGUCUUCACUUGAAUUAUUACCUUCACAAUGGCUUCAUUAUUUUAGUCAACAAUGUAAGAUUUAUCAAUCAUAUACAUCAUUAAUAAUUCUAACGGCUAUUGCUUAUAUAUGUGGUUCACAAAAAACAAAAGAUAAUAAUUUACCAUUGACAUUAGAUGAUUGGACAAAUUUUUGUUUGAAUCUCAAUUCAGAUAUCUCAAAAACAUCUCAAGAAAAAUUGAAAUUAAAUAAUUUUGAUGAUGUGAACACAAUUAGUCGUGCUAUUGAUAAUGUAAUUAAAUAUCUUCGAUUGUCAUUGAAUAAUUAUAUUUCAUUUUUUCAAAAUUCUAUUUUAUUUCAUGAUUCAUUUACAAAUAAUGAUGUUGUACGACUUCAACUUUUUAGUGUUAUUAAUUCAGCAGCUAAUGUUGAUGAAGCUUAUACAAUGCAACUUUAUACAACAAAAUUUUACAAUAUCUAUGAAAAUUCUUCACCUGAAAAUGCAUCACAACAAGCUAUUAAAUUUAUUUAUCAAUGUAUUGCUAAUGAUAGUGCAAUAUCCGAAGAAGUACGUAUCUUUAUUAAAUUUAUUCGUAAUGCAAUUCGUUCUUCAACAACAUUUAAUAUACAAGAUACAUUAAAAAAACAUAUUCCAUCGACAAAUACAUUUCGUGAAUUAUUAACUAUGAUAAAUGAUUCGUUUCGUCUUAAAUGGACUAUACUCUUUGAAUUAUUUUCUGAUAGAGUAAGAACUAUUUUAGUUAAAUUAAUUAAUGCUGAUUAUCAAGCACUAUUAGAAAUACAUUUGAAAUUAGAAAAUGAAAAAGAAAACAAUACUUUACAAGGAUCAUUGUUGAAUUUAAUACAUAAAGCACAUGAUCUAUGGAGUACAUUAAAUGAAACUAAUAAAUUUGAAUUAUUUUUAUCGAUUUUUGAUGAACAUAAAAUGUUAUAUCCAUUAAUAACAUCUAUUUCGAUUAAAAAUCAAGCACGUCUAUGCGAUAUAGUUGCUAUCACUGCAGUCAUUUUCGAAAAAAUCGAUCCAUCAUUUGAUUUUACACCGAUAAAUGAUGUUUUUCAAAAACCUUAUAUCGAUCAAGUUCGACAAGCACUCGGAAAAAUUUCUCAUAUUUCAUCUAAUAAUCAUGAUUAUGUCAUGUCACACAUGCGUACUUUUCGAUUAUCAUUACAAAAAUAUCCAUCGGAUGACUUUAUACUUUCUAAUGGUAAAGUUGAAAGUUACUGUUCUAUUUUAAAUUAUCUUAUUCCACUUACUUACAAUCAAAAGACAUUUGUUAAUAAAACUAUUACAAUUAUUUGGAAUAUAUUAUGUGAUGCAAGUAAAUCACAAACGACAAUUGCCAAUAUUGUUAAUCAAAUUCUUCAUCUUCUUCAUAUUCUUAAUGAAGAAAAGAAUUGGUUAUCUAUUCAAGAAUCUUAUUAUCAACAUUAUAUGAAACCAAGUUGGGAAACUAUGCUUACAUUUAUUUCAACUAUUGGUUGUAAUAAUGAAAUUAUUUCAUAUAUUAAAAAAUUAACAAAUGUUCAUGAAGAAGAAACUAUGAUCAAUAUAAUUUUAGAAAUUGGUCGUUUCAUAUCGACAAAUGAUGAAUUAAUUUCAUUUAAUAAAUAUCAAUCUUCAAUUAAAUCUUUAAAAUUGAAUACAACAUCAACUAUUGAAUUAUUAGAAAAACUUCGAAAUAUUGUUCCACAAGAAUUUCAAGAACAAAUUCAAGCAUAUUUAACUAUUACAUCUCUACCAAAUAUAAGUAAAAUUAACGAUGAAGAUCAAUAUCAAAUACUUGAUAAUAUUGUUAAUUCAUGGAUAAGAUUAUUGAAUAUUAAAGGAGCCGAUUUACGACGAUUAUUCGAAACGAUUUCAUCUAUUCUUACAUCAUUUCAUGGUCUUAUUGUUUAUCGUCAUAGUUCAUUAAAUAAAGCACUUUAUACAACAAGUUUAACAUCAGCACUUUGUACUUUAUCUAAUUAUCGUCAAAGAACACGUGAAAAAUUGGGCAUCGACAUAUCUACUAUUCAAUCAAAUAAAAUUCCAUCAAUUCUUACAACUAUUCAACAAACUCUUGUCAAAAUUCAACAACUUAAUCCAUCAAUUUCUUCAACUGAAAAAAGCCAAGAUAUCACAUCUCUUUCUUCUUCAUUAUCUAAUUCAGGAUCAACAUCUAAAACAAUACCCACAAAUAAAACAACACCAUCAACAGAAUCCAUUCAAACUUCGUUAUAUUCGAUGGAUACAUUAAAAAAAAUGCAAGAUUCCGUAAUAAAAUAUGUUCAAUCACCAUUAUGUCCAUCGUUUCGUUUUAAUGAAUCAGAUAAAAUUCAUACUAUUAUUAUUAAAGCACAUGAUUAUUGUUCACAAGUUACACAAUGGUAUGGUAUUUUUACAACAUUUAAUGUUCUUGUUCAUAAUCAAUCGAAUAUAAAUAAUUUAAAUCAAAAUGAAAUUGCUCAUAAUAUUAUUCUACAUGGUCUACAAUUAUUACGUGAUCUUAUUAUAAUUAAAAAAAUUCUUGAACCUAUCUUUUCAAUAACAGGUGUUCGAUUUUUAAUUAAAGAUCUUAAUCGUUUGGAAAAAUGUUUUCUUUCAUUAUCACUUGAAAAUUAUUUUCAAUUACGAGAAACUUUACGACAAUUAAAUAUUGAUGUUAGUAGUAUUGUUAAUGAUUUUCCACCACCAUCAAAAACUCGUGGACGAAAAGGUGAAUUAAAUAAACGAAAAAUAUUCGAUAUGUUAGAACCAAAUGUUUCAAAACCAUUAUCAACAUUAGAAAAUCAAUCACAAACUACGAAAAUUGAUGAUGAUACACCAUUGACUUUAGAAGAUUGGCGAGCAACAACACAAAAUCAAAGUCCUGAAAAAACUAAAGAUAUUUUAGAAUUAUCAAAAUUAAAAUCAAAAUCAAAAUCUAAUAAACGUAAAAUUGGUAGUGAUUCGAAAAAAAAUCUUCUAUCAAAUAUAGAAAAAUUAGCUAAAGAAACAUCAUCUCAAAGUUUAACUAAAGUCAAUGUAUCAACAACAAGUCAUACAAAUGAUGGAAAACAAAAUACAUGGAAUGAUAUUGAUGGAUCAAUCGAUUUUAAUAUUGAUUUACAAAUGAAAGCUAUGCAAGAACAAUUAAAAAAACAACCAAAUCUACUUGAAUUAUAUGAAUCAAUUAAAACAAAAGGAAAACGAACUCCACCCGAUGGUAAACUUGAUAAUCGUGCUACACUUAUUUCAACAAUUCAACGUGAUCGAUGGACAUAUCAAUUACUUGUUGAAACACCACCUAUUGCUCGAAUGAUAAAUUUAAUUAUAAAAGAAUUUCGUUCGAAAUGGGAAACAUUAAUUAAUAAUAUUAAUACAAAUGAACAACAUGAACUUCAUUGGUGUAUUAUGAUUGAUAAUUCAGGUUCAAUGAGUAUUUAUCGAAAUUCAAUUUAUGAAAUUCUUGUUAUACUUAUGGAAUUACAUCGUAAACUUGAAAGUAAAUUUUCUGUAGCACGUUUUGGUGGACGAAAUAAUCAAAAAAUGUUAAAAAAUAUGACUGAUCGUUUUACUAUACAAGAUGGACAAUUUGUACUCGAAGCAUUAACAUUUGAUGAAGGUACAUAUCCAGCUACAGGUCUUGAUAAUAUUUCAAAUCGUGUAUUUGGUAUAGCUGAUGAAAAUAAUCCAUCAAAUCCUCUUGUUCAUCGUCUUGUUUUAAUGAUUACAGAUGGUUUAACACAUGAUAAUGAUGAUACAACAUAUACAGAAACAAUUAAAAAAUAUGAUAUUAAUUUAGGUGUUCUAUUUAUUGAAACAGCUGGACAAAGUACAAGUCAAGUAUUAUUACGUGGUCUUAAAAAAGCUCAAUAUCGUAUUGUUCAUGCAAAUGAUAUUAGUCAAUCACCAAAAAUAUUAACACAAUUAAUGCAUGAUAUGGUUAAAACUUCAAUUAAAACUGAUAAUCAUACAACAAUAACAAAUUCAUUUCCAACAAUCAAUAUUAAAAUACCUAAUAUACCUGAAAAACCAUUUUUAUGCGAUACAAUUAUUCAAAAUUUAACAUAUGAUUCAGCUAAUCCAACAUCAUAUAUGAUUAGUAGUUCAACAGCAAUAAUUCCUCGUUUAAAUCAAAGUCAAUCACAAUUAACAAAUUAUUUAUCAUUAACAACUGAAUAUACUGAUUAUUCAUCGAAAGCAUUAAAUAAACUUCGUGAAUAUUAUCAUACAUUAAAAGUAUCAACAAUUAUGCAAGAUAUAGAAAAAAAUUGGAUAUCAGAAGAAUAUCGUCUUUCUGGUGUUGUUGAAGAUGUAUCAACUGUACUCGGUGAUCUUGUAUUACCAUUUAAUAAAUUUACACGUCGUCGAGCAGCUCUACGUGGUUCAUCACUUUAUUUACCUGGUCUAAUAAAAGCUAUGACUAGUGAAUGGACAUAUAAGAAAAUAUUUAGUUCAAAAUUAGCUGGUGGUAAACGUGAUCAUGCUGUAUGUCUUGUUCUUGAUGUAUCAACAUCAAUGUUAGGUACACUUAGUACUGGUCUUAAAGAAGCAAUUAUAGUUCUUACAGCUGCUCUACGUAAACUUGAUUUAACUCAAUUUGGUAUUAUUAUAUUCGGUCGUGAAGUACGUUUAAUUAAAUCGAAUGAACAAUCUUGGGAUGCAACAACUAUUUAUACACUUGUAAAUGAACUUCGUUUCGAUCAAGAUGAAGAUACGAAAGAUGCAGAUGCUAUUGAAACUGCUAUUGAUCUACUUAGUCAAUCUUCUACACGAGGUGAAAAGAAAAUAUUUAUAUUUACGGAUGGUUAUAGUAAUUGUGGUAAUCGUCUUGCUAUGGUACAGCAACGCGCCGAAAAUAAUGGUAUUGAUCUCAUAGCUAUGGCUAUUGGUAUUGAUCCAACUAAUCUUCAAUUAGUUUAUAAACGAUAUUUACAAUGUGCUACUGUUCGUGGAUUAUCAAAAGCUUUACGAGCUCUAUUCGAACAAGAAGCACAAAUUGUUUUGUCUGAAUGGGCACCAAUAGAUAAUGAUAAGAAACAACCUACUGAUGAUACAAAAGAUACUAUAUCUAAAGAUAAUCUUUUCGAAGAUAUAGUUUCAAAGAAAGCUUUUAGUGAUAUGAUCAAUGAAUUAGCUGGUGAACGGGAAUUGAUGUUAAUGCAAAGUGGACAACCACCAUCGAAUAUAACAAUUGAUAUUUGUUUUUGUCUUGAUUGUACUGGUAGUAUGUCACGAUGGUUAGCAGCAGUUAAAGGUCAAAUGAAAACUAUUAUGGAAGGUAUUCAAGAUGAAGUUAAAGUAAAAUAUCCAUCACUUAAACUUCAACUACGUUUUGCUAUUGUUGCUUAUCGUGACUUGAAAGAUAAGCCACCAAUUAUGAAAAUAGAUUUUACAGAAAAAACAGUUGAUGUAAUGAAAUUUUUAAAUGGAAUAACGGCUAGUGGAGGUAGUGAUAUUCCUGAAGAUGUGCUCAGUGCACUUGAUACAUGUUUAACAUUGAAUUGGAGUAAAACAAAUGCUCGAUUCAUUGUACUUAUUACUGAUGCACCUGGUCAUGGACCAGAACUUAAUAAUGAUCUUACAAAUGAUCACUAUAAUAAAGGCAACGGUAAACACACAUUGGACGGUAUAUGCGAUCGUCUAUUGAAAAAAAAUGAAGAAAUCGAUCUUAUGUUUUGUGUUAUUAAACCAAAAGCAACAGCUAAAAUGAUGGAUGCAUUCAAAUCUCAAUAUACUAGUAAAGCAAGCGAUGCUGAAAGGGCAUUUAAAGACAUUAAAUUAUUUGAUACUAAACAACUGGAAGCUCAAUCAUAUCAUUUUGUUUUUGUUCUUGAUGAAUCAGGUUCAAUGAACUCACAUUGGAACGAAUUACAAAAAGCUUAUAACAAUUUCUUGACACGACGUAAUGAUGAUCAAGGUGGAGAUGAUGUCAUUACUAUUGUUCAGUUCGAUAGUAGCGCGCGUACGAUUUGUUUGAGACGAAAAGUUGCUGAUGCUCCUCGUACACUUUCUAUUAAUGGUGGUGGUACAGAUUAUGCAAAAGGUUUGAAAGAAGCGACAAAAGAAAUCGAGAAUGAUAAAACAAAAGCAUCGAUUGUCAUGAUUUUUAUGUCGGAUGGUGCCGAUGGUGGUAGUGAAAAUCCCGAAAAUAUAAUUACUCAACUGAGAUCAAAAUACACAAAAGAUCAUAAUUUUAUUUGUCAUACGAUCGGUUUCGGUGGCGGCAUUAGAAAAGGAAGUGAAGAAGAGAAAAAACUUAAACGAAUGGCAGAUAAUGGUGGUGGUGAAAUGUACAAAGCAGAGACAGGCAAUGAAUUGAUUAAAAAGUUUGAAGAUAUUGCCGCCAAUAGUACAACUAGCAGUGCACUGAUCGAACGCUUCUCUGAAAUUCUUUCUCGAGAUAUUAACACAAAGAUUAUGAUUGAUUAUCUAUAA